AUGACCAUCGCAGACACACGCUUCAAGCUCAACACCGGCGCUGAGAUCCCCGCGCUUGGUCUCGGAACAUGGCAGUCCGGCCCAGGAGAAGUAAGCAAAGCCGUCUACCACGCUCUCAAAGUGGGCUACCGCCACAUCGACGCUGCGCAAUGCUACGGCAACGAGACCGAAGUAGGUGAGGGCAUCAACCGCGCCCUCUCUGAAGGUCUUGUCCAGCGCUCCGAAAUCUUCGUCACCACAAAGCUGUGGUGCACAUACCACACGCGCCCCGAAGAGGCUCUCAACCUCUCCCUCUCCAAGCUCGGUCUCGACUACGUCGACCUGUACCUCGUGCACUGGCCGCUAGCGAUGAACCCGAACGGGAACCACGAGCUGUUCCCCAAGCUGGCGGACGGGAGCCGCGACAUAGUGCACAGUCACAGCCAUGUGACGACGUGGAAGAGCAUGGAGGAACUUAUUGCAAAGAACCCCGGGAAGGUCAAGGCAAUUGGCGUGUCGAAUUACUCCAAGCUGUAUCUGGAGGAGUUGCUGCCGCAGGUGAAGGUUGUCCCUGCUGCGAACCAGAUCGAAAACCAUCCGUCACUGCCGCAGCAGGAGAUUGUGGAUUAUUGUAAGGAGAAGGGCAUCAUUAUCACGGCUUACAGCCCGUUGGGCAGCACGGGAUCGCCGUUGUUCAGUGCCCCGGCCAUCGUGGAGGUUUCGAAGAGGAAGGGCGUUAGCCCUGCGACAGUGUUGCUGAGCUGGCAUUUGGCCCGUGGUUCCUCCGUACUAGCCAAGUCGGUCACACCCUCGCGCAUCGAAGCGAACAGAAACCUCGUCGCCCUGGACAAGGAAGACGUCGACCUCAUUGCCAAAUACUCUGCGGAGCUGGCUUCGACGAGCGGCUUCCAGCGCUUCGUGUUUCCUCCUUUCGGCGUGAACUUCGGAUUCCCUGACAAGCAGUGA